AUGUCUCGAAAAACCAUUGCAAUCGCCGGCUACCACGGCCUCCUCGGAGUUGACACAUUGGCGGCCUUCGUCUCUGCGCAAUUCGGAAACUACUACGACUCCGUCAGAGUCCUGACCAGAGAUCCCAUGAACGUCCUUUACCUCCUCGUCGAUUACAAUGACCCCGAAUCUUUGGAUUCGGCCCUCGAAGGUGUCGAUGUGCUGGUGAAUCUCAUAGGAUUCUGCCCGCACACCUGGGACGUCCUUGCAUACGCCGCAGCAAGAGCCAGGGUUAGAUUGUACAUACCUUCUGAAUACGACCUCGACCACUCCCGCUACACUCCGGAGCCCGAGCUCUCUGCGAAGGAGGCACACGCGCAGCGAGCCCGCUCUUGGGGCCUUAAGACGGUGCAGCUGUUCUGCGGGAUCCUGAUGGAGCCGGCGAUGACGAACCACACGCACUUUGGGAUCAUGCUAUCGAGCCGGCGGAUCGAAGCGGUGAUGCCGCAGUGCGGGGGACGGACGGACCCCAAGAUCAGCUUCACGUCGACCAAGGACGUCGGCAUGGCGAUCGCGAGCAUCAGCCGGCACGAGCCGCGGCAGCUCGCCGACCGCAUCGUCAUCUCGGGCGACGCGUGCACGCUGCGCGAGCUCGCCGAGACCUGGGGCGCUAUCACACGCCAUAGCGUACAGCUCGCCGUGCGUCCCCUCGAAACCUACGAUGCCGGCGGAGACAUCGCAAAGCAGCGCCGCCUCGCCGCGGGAAAGGGUUACCUCGAUCUCGCCCGGCAGCAUGCGGGCUGGGUCAAUAAUGGCGAGUGGAAGUGGACAAGGAUUUCGCAGUACCUCGCCGGUGAUCUCGCCUAGGGUGGAGUGGUAGCCCUACCGCGCCACACCUGUUUUUGGGAUACGGCUGCUAGUUACAGGACUGCCUGACGAGCGCCAAACGCCCAUUCGCCUGUUCGUGUGUCUGAUGGAAGAUCUAGAGGAGGAUUUAGAGUUGGCGCUGAGGGUUCUGUUUGCCUUGGGAUGUCUCGUUCCUUUUUUUUGUUUUCACGGGGUUUCGGUUUCUAUCUUUGUCUUUUUGUCUUGCUUGCAUGGCCGCGGGGCUUCAUCAGCAUUAGGUACUGGGUAUGGACUAGACGGUGGGUAUACAUGAGUGUGCUGGCGUUUCUGUGUCGUGUUUUUCUUUGGCUUCACUUUGUUUCUUUCGAUCGGUUCUGCUGGUUCUGUUAAUUCUUCUGGUUCCGUUGGUUCUAUGGUGCUUUUAAUUCUGUUGAAUCUGUUGAUUUGCGGUCUUACAUCGUUCGGC